AUUUCCUCACCAAAAAAAAAAAAAAAAAUCAAUCUCUCUCUCUCUCUCACUUUCUCUCUCCAAUGGCGGCGACACUAGGCAGAGACCAGUACGUCUACAUGGCCAAGCUCGCCGAGCAGGCCGAGCGCUACGAGGAGAUGGUCAACUUCAUGGAGAAGCUCGUCACAGGCGCCACACCAUCCUCCGAGCUCACCGUCGAAGAGCGUAACCUCCUCUCCGUGGCCUACAAGAACGUGAUCGGAUCCCUACGCGCCGCGUGGCGCAUCGUGUCCUCGAUCGAGCAGAAGGAGGAGAGCCGCAAGAACGAGGAGCACGUGGCGCUCGUGAAAGACUACAGAUCCAAGGUGGAGACGGAGCUCUCCUCCGUCUGCGAAGGGAUACUAAAGCUUCUCGAGGAGAAUCUGAUUCCCUCUGCGGCGGCGAGCGAGUCGAAGGUGUUUUAUCUGAAGAUGAAAGGGGAUUACCAUAGGUACAUGGCGGAGUUUAAGGCCGGCGAGGAGAGGAAAGCCGCGGCUGAGGAUACCAUGGUUGCUUACAAGGCUGCUCAGGAUAUUGCAGCUGCUGAUAUGGCGCCUACUCAUCCGAUUAGGCUUGGUUUGGCGUUGAAUUUCUCCGUGUUUUACUAUGAGAUUCUUAAUUCUUCCGACAAGGCUUGUGACAUGGCCAAACAGGCUUUUGAAGAAGCCAUAGCUGAGCUUGACACUCUGGGAGAAGAGUCGUACAAAGACAGCACUCUCAUUAUGCAGUUGCUCAGGGACAAUCUCACCCUCUGGACCUCCGAUAUGCAGGAGCAGAUGGACGAGGCGUGAGGAUCUUGAGGAAGGGAGAGUGUUAUGAGCCAUCAUCCCCCAUAACCUUUGCUCAAAACUGUUGAACCAAGAAGUAUUUUUUAAGUGUUUAUGAAGAUUUAUGUGCACAGCUUGAUGAUGAUUGAUGAUCUACUCUAUUUAAUAUUGUCUUAAACUAUGUUCUCUAAGGAUUUGUCAUCUCUUGACUUUUUGCUUAAGCCU